CUUCCUUGCCAUGCGUACCACCACUGCCAAGCUCCUGCUCAUAUGCGUCCUAGCUGCCGCAGACUUGCUGGCCUCCGAUGCACUUCAGCUCGGGCCAACCGGCGGUUCGGCCAGCGCGAGUUGCAUACCCCGCGAGCGGGACGCCCUGCUGUCCUUCAAGCGUGGCAUCACCAGCGAUCCCAUGGGCCUCCUUGACUCUUGGAACAAGGAAGACUGCUGCCAGUGGAGGGGCGUCAAGUGCAGCAAUCGAACCGGCCAUGUCCUUAGGCUUCAUCUUCGUAAUCUGCAUGUGGACACGGUCCCGCUCAAUGGAUUGAUCAUCGAUGGGUACUACAGAGACACAGCUUUGGUUGGCCAGAUAAGUAAUUCUUUGCUCUCCAUGGAUCGUCUUGUGCACCUUGAUCUUAGCAUGAAUUGCCUCGAGGGCCCAAGUGGCCAUAUGCCGCAGUUCCUGGCCUCUUUGACGAGAUUGAGAUAUCUCAACCUCUCAGGUAUACCAUUUUCUGGCAGAGUGCCCCCUCAGCUCGGCAACCUCUCAAAUUUGCAGUACCUUGACCUUUCCCAAUUUAAUCCGAUAGAAAGUAGUAUGUAUUCAAGAGACAUUUCAUGGGUAGCGCACGUCCCUAAUUUGCAGUAUCUUGGAAUGAAUUCGGUAGACCUCAGCACAAUAGUUGAUUGGCCUUAUGUUGUCAACAUGAUUCCUUCUUUAAAGGCCCUUGAUCUUAGGUCUUGCUCUCUUCCAACCACAAACCAUUCACUCCCACAUAUUAACCUUACCAAACUCGAGAGGCUUGAUCUCUCCAACAACAUAUUUGCCCACCCAAUGGCAAGGGGUUGGUUUUGGAAUUUGACAGGCCUCCAACAUCUUUACCUUGCCGGAACUCAGCUAUUCGGUCAAGCACCUGAUGCACUGGCACAUCUGACGUCCCUCCAAGUCCUUGAUUUGUCAUUUAAUCGUAACAUGAGGACUACAAGCUUCAGAACACUAUGCAAUAUGAGAAUCCUGGACCUUUCUUAUUGUCAAAUUGAUGGAGAUAUAAAGGAUAUUAUAGGGAGGAUGCCCCAGUGUCCCUUGAACAAACUGCAGGAGUUGCAUUUGGGCUCCACCAAUAUUACCGGAACCAUGCCGGAUCAGCCAGCACACUUGACCAGCUUAGUCGUUCUUGACAUCUCUAAGAACAAUCUAACUGGAGGCAUACCACGAUGGGUGGGGCUGCUCUCUAGUUUAAGCAGACUUGGUCUCUCCUCCAACUACCUCAGUGGACCUGUGCCAUCUGAGAUCGGCAUGCUCAGUAAUUUGACCGUAUUGGAACUUGGAUACAACAAUCUAAGUGGACCUGUGCCAUCUGAGAUCGGUAUGCUCGGCAAAUUGACCAUAAUGGAUCUCAGUGCCAACAACUUGAAUGGUGACUUCACCGAAGAACAUUUUACAAGUCUAACCAAGCUAAAGUCACUGGAUUUAAGUGAAAAUUCCUUGAGGAUUACAGUUGGUCCCGACUGGAUACCACCUUUCAGUUUAGAAGACAUAACUCUUGGCUCUUGCCAGCUGGGCCCUUCGUUUCCUGCAUGGCUUCAGUUCCAAGUGGACAUUGGCUGGAUGGAUAUAUCAGGCACAGGUAUAGUUGAUAGGCUUCCUGACUGGUUCAGCACUACAUUUGCAAAAGCCAUAUCUCUGGACAUCUCCAACAAUGAAAUCAGUGGCAGGUUGCCAAGAAACAUGCAAUUCAUGUCAGUGCAAUCUUUCUUGAUCAACUCAAAUAAAUUAACUGGUGAAAUCCCGAACUUACCAAGAAAUAUUACCUUGCUGGACAUGUCUACAAACUCUUUAUCUGGAAAUUUGCCAUCAAAUAUUGAGACUCAAUGUUUGGCUUCACUAGCGUUGAGCUCCAAUCAAAUAACUGGUCGUAUUCCUGAAUCUCUCUGCAAAGCAGAAGCCUUGGAUGCCUUGGAAUUAAGCAGCAAUUUUUUUGAGGGACAACUUCCUCAGUGUUUUGGGGUGAAGAACAUUGUGUUUCUCAUGUUGAGUAACAAUAGAUUUUCUGGCAACUUCCCAUCGUUUCUAAAAAAAUGGAGACAAUUGACGUCUUUAGAUCUAUCACGUAAUAGUUUUUCCGGAAGGUUGCCAUCAUGGAUUGGAGAUAUGGUUGAAUUAAGAAUUCUACGGCUAAACGAGAAUAUGUUUUCUGGAGAAAUCCCAGCUACCAUCUCAAAUCUUAGUCGCCUUCACCAUCUGAACCUAGCAGGCAAUGGCUUAUCAGGUGCCAUACCAUGGCAUCUGUCAAAUGUGACGGCCAUGACAGGAAAGUACGUAAAGGAUUAUUCGCUUGACUCAGAAUCUUAUGGCAGCUACUCAUCUAUUAUACGUAAAUAUGAUUUUUCGUCUGUUGCUGUCAAGGGACGUGAACUUGAUUAUGGUAUUGGCAUUUUAGAUUUGGUGAGCAUUGACUUGUCUUUCAACCAGUUAACUGGGAGAAUACCAGAAGAAAUAGUUGUUCUUGAUGCCUUGAUAAACUUGAAUCUAUCAUGUAACCGACUAAGUGGGAAAAUACCAAUUAAGCUUGGGGCUUUGCAUGCUCUGGAAUCACUUGACCUCUCAAGGAACAUGCUUUCUGGCAGAAUCCCUCCGAGCCUGUCAGAUAUAACCUAUUUGAGCUACUUGGACUUGUCUGAUAACAAUCUAACAGGGAGAAUACCAUCAGGACGUCAGCUCGACACCCUCUACACAGAGCAACCUUCCAUGUACAGUGGCAACAGUGGUCUCUGUGGGCCUCCUCUUGUGAACAGUUGCCCCGGAAAGAAUGUUACAAGGCAAGAUGAUCAAAAAAGGAAUGAACAUUCCUUUGAGCCAAUGACCUUUUAUUUUGGACUUGCUCUGGGAUUUGUUUUGGGUCUCUGGGAGGUGUUUUGUGUCUUGUUGUUUAAGAAAGCAUGGAGAACUGCUUAUUUCUGCAUGGUUGACAAGACAUAUGAUCAGAUGUAUGUGUUUGCCGUUCUUAGAUGGAAAAGCUGGGCCAGAAAGGGGGCUACAAAUUGAGUAAGAGCUCUUUAGAAGCAUGAAGCAGCAUAUCAUGCUGAGAUUUUUAUUUCCUUGAAGUUAAUAUAAAGGAUAUUGAUGGUUUGUAAUUGUCUAUGCGUGUAUGAUAAUACUUUUGAACUCCUGUAUUUGCUACUGCUCAGAUGUUGUGCUGAUUGUUAGUUUGGUAGCUUCAUCGUUUAUGUUGGCAUAGCAUCAUCAUGGGACUCUUGUAUUUCCUUGCUUGAAGUUAUUG